AUGUGGAAAGCUUGUAAAGAUGUCUUACCCACCCUCUCUAAUAUGUGGAAAAGGAAAAUUAUAAAAGAGGUUGAGUGUCCUAUCUGUAAACGAGUCCCUGAAAUAGCUGAGCAUGUUCUUUGGGAUUGUGAUGCUACCAAGGAUGUUUGGAGUCAAGGAUGCAAGAGGAAUCAGAAGAUGUCAGGCCACAGAAGUUCCUUCUUAGAGAUAUGGAGCCAUAUGAUCAAGAAUCUACAGCAGGAUGAAUUAGAUGAAGCUGUUAUGACUGCUGGAUUGAUCUGGUUUAGAAGGAACUUGAUUCAUGGGAAAGACUUCUCUCAUCCAGAUUCUCUCAUCAAUAAAGCAAGAGAAGAGAUCCAAAUUUUUAAGCACAGCCAGGAAAGGCAACAUAAGAAAAGUGAUGCGAAUGAAGAAUCAUGUUGUUUAUGGAAAAAAAAAAAAAAACCUCAUGAAGGCAUCUACAAGCUGAACUGGGAUGCUACCAUAGACAGAGCUGCUGGAAAAAUUAGCAUAGGUGCUAUCAUUUGGGACUCAUAUGGCAAUCUCAUUGGCACACUUAUUGCUCCACAUUCCUUAUCUGCCAAUCCAUUCAUUGCAGAAUGA